AUGCCAUCCGCAUUCAGAUCUUCCCGCUCCGGGCGACAACUAGAUAGCGCCAGUCGCUCUAGAAGCGCAAUCGACCAUGAUGUCUUCGAGGGUUUGCCCGUCCGCCGCUGGUCGCGCCAAAUACAAACUACCUCUCAAGCGCCCAAGACCGAAGAGUCCGAUUUCAACGUCCAGGGCCCUGGAGGAACCCCGGCGCUCCCAGAGCUAGCCAUGCCACGCGACAGUCAACUUUUACCUGCCGCCAGCCGCGCCCUCCUUAGAGCCGCCCGCGCAGGCUGCAUCUAUGUUCGCCAGAGCGGCCGAGCUACAAAGGAGGAGGAACAAAACGCCGCCGCGGCAGAGGAUCAAGCAAACGCCAACGCGCAUAUGGCCGACCGCAGCUUCACCAGCCGCAAGUGGGCGAAUCACCCGAAGAACUUGGACCCUCCAGAGCUCGAAUUCUUGGCGAAGCGUCGCCCAGGUCUUCCGUCCCUUUAUGGUGGUCCUGUUAGUUUGGAUGGAAGCUCUGGUGUGACCCCGGGCCCGAUGCGACGAACCAAGUUCCAAAAAGUAGACCCUGUGACAGGCAGCAUCUCGAUUUACGAAGCUUGGGUCCCUGAAGGACACCGCAUUGAGGGCGAGGUCACUGGGGAUAUUCAAACUAUUGUGGCACAAAGCGAGGUGCCAGUCAAGCCCGAGGCACCUGCCCCGGGCACACUCGUGGAAGGUGUUGGAAUCGUCAAUUCAGAAGGUGUUGUGGUUGCGGAGGCUAGCUCUGCUGCAGUUGUCAAUCCCAACAAGCGACGACCGCCUCCUCCCAAGCGCAAGGGCAAGGGUACUGGCAAGGGCCGAAAAAAGAAGGUCAUGUUCGCCCCGGGCGAGGGUGCCGAUGCUGCUACAGUGCAUGGCGUGGCUCCCAGCGCCGGGGGUGGCAUCGAUGGCGCCAAGGUUGGUCAGGAUGGCUUACCUAUUCCGGCUAGUCAGGAUGGCCAAGAUGAUGAUGACGACGAAGGUGAUGACGGUGAUGAGAGCGAUGAGGGUGAUGAGUCUAUGCUUGACGCAAAGACGCCAGAAACUCCUUUGCCGCAGUCCUUUGACGAAUCUACCGAACAACAAUCAACCAGUACUCCCGCUGAUCAAGAUAAGGAUGUCGAGAUGGAUGAUGCUGUUCCCGAGCCACAACCCCCUGUCUCGGAGCCCUUAUCUGCUGGCUCUCUACCUCCAACCCCUGCUGUUCCUCAAGAUGGUGCUGCUGAACAAGAAGCUGAGGUAUCUCUAUCUGCAACAUCUGCCGCUCUUCCUGGGCAGACUGGAGAUUACACAUCCGAGACUAAGGAAUUGAUCGAGCCUUCCAAAGAGGCUUCGCCUCCAAAGGAGCCUAUUGCGGCCACCACUGAUAUCGAUAUCAACACAAAGGAAUCAGAGGAGAUAGUACAAAAAGAGGAUUCACUUGAGCCACCAUCCACUUCUCUUGCUGCCGCGGAAGAUGAGAAAUUCUCCCCCGCAGCUGAGAAACAAAGUCCUGUUGUCGCAGCAAACGAAAUCCAAAUACAGUCCCAGCCAGUCAAGCCUGAGGAGAAUACACCUAUCCUUUCUUCCCCCACUCCAGAAGUGACGCCUUCGGUUCCCGUACCUUCUGAGGAAUUGCCAACGCAGAAAGAGUCGGAAAAUGGCUCUGAAGAAACACCCCAACCUCCAGCCAACAACCAGACUCCCGAACAACCGGAAACUUUGCCGAAUGUGCAGGAAGAAAAUGAGCCUGUCACCACCGAAAUCAGUCAGGAUCCCGUGCUGGAACAGAAAGAUACCGAUAUGGCUGAUGCGCCUAACCCCGCUGCAACAGAACCCGCCGAGCCUUCAGAAAAGUCGGCCUCUCCUCCCGUGCCACAAACGAUUCAUGAACCAGAAUCGAUUGUUGAGCCUACCCCUUACCCCUACCCCUCCACCCACAGAUGA